CACCACGUCUCCAUUAACACAUACCAGAAUUCUUCGAUUAGGCUAUUUGAAUUGGCGAACAAUGUCAUCAUCCAUCGGCAGCCUGCAUUUUCUGAUUUUAAAGCAGCCGCCACAGUUUUCCAGCUCACGAUGUGAUAUGUCAACGUAGAAAUAUUACCAUUCAUGGAUCUUCAAACCACACUUGCCUGAAGGAUAUAAACUCUGUUCCAUAGUAAGUUUAAAAAGUACGUAGUGUUUAGGGUAAAUAACUAUUUAUUGGUAAAAUCGCCAUUACAGAUAGUAUUACCCAACGGAGUCAUAGAGAAUAAGUUGUUCAUUACCCUAUAAAAGGUCUCGUCUACAAUCAAGAAAGACAUAAUCGAUUCACAAGCAUAAUACAAUCUCUUCUUUUACGUAAAAUAACAUCGAUCAACUUUGCAAAAAGAAAAGAUGAGUUCAAGCCAUUCAUCAUCAACCUCCACCUCUAGAAGGUUAGAAGGCAAGGUAGCACUGAUAACUGGUGCAGCUAGUGGAAUAGGUGAGAGCAUCUCCAGAGUAUUUGUCCAACAAGGAGCUAAAGUACUCAUUGCAGAUGUCCAAGACGAGCUUGGGCACGCCAUCUGCCAAGAAUUCAGCUCCGAAGAAACCAUCUCUUAUGUCCACUGCGAUGUAACUUCUGAGUCUGACGUUAAAAAUGCUGUGGAUACAGCAGUCUCCAGGUAUGGGAAGCUCGAUAUCAUGUUCAACAAUGCUGGAAUUGGAGGUGGCCCAGAAUCAGGAAUAUCUACUUCGAACAGUGAAAAUUUUAAGUGGGUGUUUGAUGUGAAUGUGUUUGGUAGCUUCUUCGGAGCCAAACAUGCCGCAAGAGUGAUGAUCCCAGCUAAGAAAGGUUGCAUACUCUUCACUUCAAGUCUAGUUUCUGUAUGUUUCACAGAUACUGCAUCAAAUGCAUAUACAGCUUCGAAACAUGCAGUGGUAGGGCUUGCCAAGAACUUAGCUGUGGAGUUGGGGCAAUAUGGAAUAAGGGUUAACAGUAUUUCACCUGCUGGCGUUGUAACUCCAUCGCUCACAAAACAUUUGAAUUUGGGGAAGAAAGAGGCUGAAGAUUUAUUUUCUUCAGCAGGAAAUUUGAAAGGAGUGGUUUUGGAACCGGAAGAUGUAGCAAAUGCAGCCUUGUAUCUAGCAAGUGACGAAUCCAAGUACGUGAGUGGAAUCAACUUGGUGGUUGACGGAGGCUACAGUCUCACCAAUCCCUCUCUUCCCAAUGCUCUCAAAAGCCUAUCUUCUUAAGAUUGCAGCUUUUGCAUCUUUGCCAUUAUAAUAUGAUAACGGUGAUCGAGAUUACAAGCUUUUUCUUUCUUUCAAUGGCCACUUAGUAAAUAAAUUCUUGUAGUUUUAAUGGGCAUUUACAUUCUCUGUUUAAACGUAUUGUUUAGUAAUUUAUUAUUUGCGAGUAUUGGUGUGUACUGUAAUAA